AGGAGCAGCCCUAGAAAGAAGAAGAACAGACGAAGAAGAAGCAGCAGCGGCAGCUUCAGCUUCGUUUCCCAUAACAACCAGGGAGGGUUUCUCCUGAUUGGAUGCUGUUACAUCCUGUUUUGAGACCUGGCUAGCAGCUGCUAUUUUAAACCACCCUUCCCCCGCGAGCAGUGGAUUAACAAACUCUCCUUUAAAAGGCGAUAGUUCUGUGGGAUUAUUGAGACGUUUUGAAGUGGAUGUGAAGAUACCAGCUCCUCUUAAAAGGAUAAAGAUAAGGCGGAGCAGUUCUGUCGUGCCACCAGGAUGCACCAGGGAUGGACGUCUGGACGCCAGUUCUAAUGCUGACUCUGCUGCAUUGUCUGGGAUGGAACACAGCAACCCAGAGAAACUGAAAGAUUCUGGUGGAGAGCUUGGUCUGAUAACAGACGGGGACAAUUCUGAAUCACUCUGUCCAGAAAAGGAGCAGGGGCGAUGCAGUUCCUCCGUGGUGACAGAGGACCUGACAGCUGAUGGUUCCUGGUCACAGAGCACCAUCUCCCGGUCCUUGCAGCGAGCUGAGACUUUACUUAGAAGCACCUUUAAUCCCAGUUUGAAGUGGCUGUUUCACGGCCCCGGUCAAGAUGAGGAAGAGGAAGAGGGAAAUUUUGUAGUUGCUUACAACCUGGCCUCCCGCUCCUCUGCACGUCUCCUGCGUCUGCAGCAAGCUCUUCUGACUGUGACGCCCCAGUGGCAGCUGGUUGGCGGAGCGCCGAUGGGUGCCCCUCAGGUGUGUGUUAAAGGCCUCCCAGCAGAGGGCGGUGUUCUGCUCAUGCCCUCAACCUCCCUCCUGCAGGGAAGCUACAGAACUCUGAGGAGGCUCUUGGAGCAGCGGUCCCUGCUGCUCUUUGUGCAUGAGUACACCAGGAGGGCUCAUAGAACAGCAGCCUACAUAUCCAAAGUGAGCCAUCUGCUGGAGGACCAUCUUAAGAAUUCACACCAGACGCUUGUCCAGAACCCGUCCAGCUGGUCUUCAUUCAAGGUUGGACUUGGCUCACUGAGCCAGGAGCUCCGGCUUCAUCUCAACCACUGGUCUUGUCUAUUCUCCAAAGUCCACUCUGACUACCAUCUGAGAACUGCUUUGAUCCAGCAGUCCAGGCUUCUGGUGGAAAUCAAACAGACUUUGGACUUACUUGGUCUGCAGGCGCUGGUUCUGGUGGAACACGUUGUGUUUGUCAUACUGUCUGCUGUAGCCCAGACUGAAUUAGAGUCCAUACCAAGAGAAGUACUGGAGGAUAUUUUAGCUGGUACUCGCCUCUACAACCAGGCAGUGUGGGAAAGAGCGCAGCACAGCAGCACCCAGCUGAGGACUACAGUAUUACAGCAGCCACAUUAUUCCACAUUGGAUUCAAGUCUUCCAAACAGCAAAGGGCAUCAACCUGCUGCCUUCUCAGUCAAAGAGCUGACGAUGAUUUUAGCACUUCACCAUGCAGACGUGAUAGCCAAGCAGCUGGACUGCUGGGCCUCUGACCAGAGCUGUGACAUGUGUCAGGUCCACCCCAACUAUGAGGCCUACUCAUGUUCUGACAGUUCAGUUAGUCCGGUAGCCAGGGCCAGCUGUGGGACCUCCGCACUGAGACCUGAGUGGACCUGGAAACAGCUGCAGAAUACGUACCUUUCCUCUCCUCUGUUCUCUAUUCAUCAUCACCCGCCUUCACAGUCACCUCAUUAUACCUGCCAUAAAACUCCUCCCGUUUACGUCCCUGACCUUCAGCGGGACAGUGAUAUAUUAGUAAAUCACCAUCCUAUAUUUGCCGAGCCAACUUUUGUCCAGCGUGGAGCAGAAGGCUCUAACACAGACCACUCCAGUCAGUGCCAAACAUACAUGUCCCGGACUGGUCCUGCCCAGACCAGUGUAGAAGCUUUACUUUCAGUCCACCCACUCUCAGCCCUGCCUCUGUCAGGUGUUUGCCAUCAGGACCAUUCAUCUGUAGAGCUACUUUUUCAGCUGCUAUUUUCCCCCAAUGACCUGCUCACGCCACUGGUAUCACAUACACCUAAAAGACAGGCACGAACUGAACAAUUUCUCCCAAAUACAAUAAAUAAUGUGUCAGUACCAAAUAGACAAACCGACAUGAUUUCCACUGCACCAAUCAUAUAUACAGCUGAUUCAGUGGACAUGAAUCAUCUGAGCCCAGAACUAAACAAGCAGCGACAUGUGGACGGAACUCAGCAGGAAAUGGCUGAGCUGGAAAUAAAAGCCACGCUGGAAGCCACUGUCAGCUCAGGUUACCAGAGAGACAGAGACCCAGAGAAAAAGGAGCCUGCCGGAGCAGAGGGGACAACAUUAGAGCCAGACUGUCUUCGUCGGUCUCACUCUGUGCAGUGGUUGGACCUCGGUCAGUCGCUGGUGUUUGCUGAUCUGGUUGAGCAGUACAACACCCUGCUGUGGACUCUCUGCAGCAAAGCCCUGUGGCUGCAGCUUCAGAUGCCACAAGCUGGAUACUCUGCAGGAAGCAUCAACCUUCAAGACAGCUACAGGGGGUUCCAAAUCCUUCACAGGAUCAUGCAAGCUUCAAAGACAGAUCUAGUUCCAAAGGAGUGCAGAGUAAUGCUCGAGGACUUCAGUCUGUACAUGUUUGCCUAUACAGCACAUAGUCAGUGGGACCAUGUGGUAUGCAGAAGUAUAGGCUCAGCUCUGAAAGACAAGUGUCUCACAAGUGUAAACCAAGUCAGGGACUCUGUGAUCCCCUCAUCUGAGCAAGAUGGAAGCGUGAUGAUGUCAGUGACCAUGGAGCACCUCCUGCUGCUUUCCCCCCCUCUUAUGUCAUCUUUGUGCUGCAAUCACUCAAACAGCAGGUCUUCAGGUAGCCUCUUCCCAUCCCGACUCACUCUCCAGAGACUCACUGUUGGCUUGGCAUUAGCAACAGUACAACUGUCUACAGUCUGGGUGAUAUCUAAGGCAUACCAGUUCCUCUCCUCAUGGAGCCUGAACAAAUUCCUGCUCAUAACACAGGGAGACCUCAAAGUGCUGACAGAAUCAGUAGAGAUGAUGGUGCGUCAGACUAAGUCACUGAAGAUGACGUCAGACAGUGGCCAUCAUUCCACUCUUCAUAACCACAACCAGCUUCUGCUGAGUCUGCAACUUGAAGCACUCGACAGUGCUGUAUCCAAGCUGCAGACCUUCUCUUCUCUGAUGCUGAAGAACUUCUCCAGUGACUGCAAGAGGAUGUCAGGGGAGAUCUUUGAACGGACCAUGCCUUCUGCUGUACACUGGAGACCCAGCCUCAGGACAGGUUUUCCCAGCAGUCCCAGUGAAUAUGCAUCUCUGGCAGCUCAGACUGUAAUUGGUCAGGUUUUAGAAGGUGUGGCACCAUUGUCCGAUGAUGCCCGUGUCCAAGCACUGAGUAUAACAAUGACAGCUUUCAUGGAAGCAUGGAUGGAACAUAUCCUGAAACAGAAGAUCAAAUUCAGUGUGCAGGGAGCUCUACAGCUGAAGCAGGACUUUGAUUCUAUCAGAGAGUUGAUCCAGUCAGACAAAUACGGUCUGUCAGCGGAACUCCACCAACGACUGCUCAGCCUCAGGGUUUUUCAGCAAGUGGACUCAGCAGUGGUGUGUCUGCUCCAGCAGCCGCAAGCCAAACCAUACCUACAGUCCAGAACCUGGGAGCCUUUCACACGCUGCUGUCCAUCCAACAUCAGCAGAGACAGCAUUGACGCAGUGGUGGGAAGCAGCAUAACAAACCUGAGGUAUAUGGAGGGUGAGGACCUGACUCAGUCUGAUCCCUCCCUUGUGACCACUGACCUCCCUCCUGUCGACCCGUCCACCCCUGCAGAGCCAUACCUCGCUCCAAGUGUGGCUCUGGGUAACGCUCAGCAGGAAUGGUUGGACCUGAGGAUCCACAGCAGCACUCGUCGUUGGAGGCUGCCAGGACUGCAGUGUCUCUCUAAGUCUGAACCCUGAACACACUCUGAUCUGACGCACACUCUCCUGAAUCACACUCAGUUCACAUUAUUCUCUCUGGCUUUUUGCUACGGUCUCAGCAAACAUGGUAUCGAGCAAACGUCAUGACAGAGACGGUGAAUGUUUUUGCAAAUAUGUGAUACCUGUGGAGGUUCCUUUUGAACUACGAUCACCUUUUUGUUAAUCUCAUAUUUGUAUAAAUUCACAAACAUUUUUUUUCACCACUUGUCAGUAAACAUGUUUUCAUAUGUCUGAAUAAAAUAAACUAUUUUAUUUAUAUAUUUAAU